GAAGGACUUGCUUCCAAUUCUCCAAACAUUCUCCUCUCGUCAUGUUUAUCAAUUCAGUACUCGUCUUAACGCUAGCAAUAACAGCCAUCGGCUGCUCGGGCUCGUCUAUGAAAGAUGGCGAAUCUCCAAAUCGCUACGUCGUUCAUCGGGAUCAGCAGGUAACGUUCUUCGACGCUUGGAAGUUGUGCCACCGGGAUGGUCAUCGUUUGGCGACCGUGAAUUCUUUCGGGGAUAGUGCACAGCUCGAGGAGGCCAUCAAAGCGGCCGAGCGACGAGAAAAAACCACCGGAGUGUACUGGAUUGGGGCGACCAAUGUUUACAUCACCGAUCAGGAGUACAUGUGGCUAUCGACCAACGAGCCGGUUAAAUUUACUCACUACGCUCCCGGCCAACCGGACAACGCCUGGUGGAACGAAAACUGUCUCAACGUGGGACAAUUCGGAGGUGUGCUGUGGAACGAUGUUUCGUGCGCUUCGACAUUGGCCUACGUUUGCGAGGAAUACGAGAAGGUAGAGUGUUGAGAUUAUCUCAGCCGAGAUGAAUG